UUUCAUUUUUUUUAAAUUAGCAUUUUUAAAUUAUUUAUAAAAUAAUAUAAUUAUGUGUUUAUCUAUACAGUGAAAAUAAUAUUAGUAUGAUAUAUAUAUAUAUUCUGAAAACAUAAAUAAAAAUAUUAAAAUAAAUAAAAUAUCAAAUAAAAUAUUUUUAUAAAUUAGAAAGUGAGGGUUAUAAAUGUAUUUUCUCUUUAAAAAUGAGAGUAAAAAUGGUUAGUAUAAACAUAAAAAGUGGUAUUAUGAAUGUAGUAUUUUUGACAAUUUCCCUAAAAAAUUUGGAAGAUUUGCUCAAGUUAUGUACACAUUAACUCAAUUUUAAUUUUUUCAUGUUUGUAACAUAUUAAAAUAUAUAAUAUGAUUUAUUAUAAUAGAAACUGUUUAUUUCAAAAUUAAAUCAACUAAUAUUAAUUGGAUAGUUUAUUUUAUAGUAUUAAAUUUUAAAUUUAAAUAUGUUUACAUCUACAUUGAUUUAUUUGUGUGUUUAUAUUAACUUUACCAUUCUAGAAUUAGAUGGUUUAGAGUUGAGAGCUGGGAAAUGGUUUUUGGAAUGUGAAAUUUAGAAUUCUAAUAAAUAUAUAAAUAUAUACAUAAAUUUUUUAUUUUUUCAAAAAUAGUUUCAAAAAUAAAUUUUGAAUUUCAAAAACAAAAUUUGAAAACAAAAUUUGAAAAAAAUUUGAAUUUUUUUUUACAAAAAUAUAAUUAAAAAGUUCGAUUUUGAAAAAUUUUAAUUCAAAAACAUAAAAAUUAUAUUUAUUUAUUUAAAUAAUUAUUUAUUAUAUAUAUAUAUAUAGUAAUGGUAUAAGAAUUUUUUGCCUCUUAAUGAAGAAAAUAUUUUUGAAAAUAUUUCUUUAGUGAUGAUAAACAUAAAUAAUGACACCAACAAAGUAGUAAACGUGAAAAUUUUCCUAUUUUCUGAUUAUUUCAUUAAACACACAAAAUUUUAGUUUAUUAAGAUACAUUUUAAAAAGAAAAAUACCAUAGGAUAACCCUACAAUUUUUUUUAAUCACAAAUAUAGCAGACAAGAAUUAAAAUGAUCAAAAUAAAUUUUAUCAAAGAGGUAAAAGUCACUGAUAUUUUUAUGACACUAUGAUAAGCUAGACAUUUACGAGGGUUUUUUCGGUGUUGAGGGUUUAUGAAGAAGUGGAGAUGUGACGAAAAUAAGUUAGACAGUUACGAGGGUUUCUCGGUCGUCCGAAUUCAAAAGGUGAAGAUUUGUCGAGCUUGACUUCAGUCCACGUCUGAUGUGCCUUGAUAUUGAAAUGAGUUAAACAAGGCGAAACACAAGGGAAAUCGGUUCGUGAUCAAUUAAAGCCCAAUUCGUUUCAGCGCGAGUGAUGAAGUCAUUAUAACGACAUGUGAGUCAAUGUCUUCCUCAGCCAGCAACCUGAAAACAAAGAAUAUUUCUGCUAGAGAGAGAGAGAGAGAGAGAGAGAGGAGAGAGAGAGAGAGAGAGAGAGAGAGAGAGAGAGAGAGAGAGAGAGAGAGAGAGAGAGAGAGAGAGAGAGAGAGAGAGAGAGAGAGAGUUAUCUCAGUGAAUCUUGUGAAGAAGUCUUUUCAGCCGCUUCAUCAAGGAGAAUACGAUUGACGGUUGUGUGAUUGUGUAUCUAUGUGAAGAUAGCAAGCAUGAAUAGGAGAUUGUGUCUAUACUCUAAUAUUGAUUCCUAAAGCUGGUAACUAUUGAUAUUUUUGAUCUCUUGUUGUAGGUACGAAAGCUAGAUCAACCGAAUGGUCGAAGAAGCUUAAAACAAAUCGACCAAAGAGAUGAUCGGCUGGGCGAUAUGAAUGGAAUCUGGCUUUUAAACCUUAAACAAAUGGAAAACGAAUGAGAUGCUAAUGAUAUAAUAAGAAUAAAAAAGUAUAAAUGAACAAAGGAUAGGAUGGAUCAUGCUGCUGGUCAUGUGACAUUCUCAGCUUGAUCAGUUGAUGAUCGAAGUGGAUCGAGAUGGUGCUUUGCUUGCUGGUUAUGUAACUCUCUCAAGCUUAGCUAAUGGGUGGGAUGGACGUGAUGGAUUGAAAGACAACACAUAGAUCUAUGGAAGGGAUCUUUAAUAAGUCAGAUUGAUAUGAAGUUGUUUCUCACAACACUAUAAAGAAAAACCAUAGUUUUAAGAAAACUAGAAAACUGGAUAUUUCAUAAAUUUUCAAAGAUGGGUGUUUUACAAAGAUGAAAGGCAAUGUGCAUAUGUUUCAUAAUGUCAGGGGAUAGAUGUUGUGCUCGUAAAAUCUGUGGCUCGGCCAGAGUUUCACCAAACCGCCCACUUUCCCCACACUCACCAACAAUAGUGAUGAUCUUCGCCUUAGCUCACGACGAACUCUGCCUCAGCUCGCAACGAUCUUUGCCCACGCUCACCAACAACAGUGACGAGCUCCGCCUCAGCUCGCGACGAGCUCUGCCCCUGCUCACCAAAAAACAGUGUCGAGAUCUUCCCCCGCUCACCAACAACAGCUAUGAGCUCUGCCCUCGCUCACGAACAACCGUGAUGAGCUCUACCCAUGCACGCCAACAACAUCAUCCUCUUUCUCUUCCCUAACAUCAAUGUUCUCCUGCUCGUCGAAAACAUCAACGCUUCUCGAAGUUCACUCCAUCUCUCUGUCAAAUCCAUCACUACGCUCAACACCAAACUCUGCUGCUGCUCGUCUAGAUGAUGACCUCGCCGUCACCAACAUCCACUGCUCCUUUGUCCAGCGACGAUUUCACAAUCACGAACUCCUACCUCUGCUUGUCAAAGCAUCUCCGUUUACAAGUUACGCCUCUACUUCGACAACUCCCUCUUUCAGCUCUCCACGCAGCUAAGACAACCAGUCCUUCACUAUCAUCGAUGAGUUUAAACUUAUCAGGCUCGCUCUCGACGAGCUCAAACCCAUUACCGCGACACAAUUUCUGCUUCUUCUCUAUUAGAUCUACCUCAGAGCUUGACAUCACAAGUUUCCACCUUCGUUCGUUCAAAGACGACCUUGUCGUCAUAAGCGAUCCACCUCUGCUCGUCCAACAACAAAUUAAUUAAAAGUGCGAGCCGAGCAGAGCCAAACGACGAUCUACACCUCUACUCGUCGAGGAGCUCAACAAAAGACAAGCACACUCUAAUCCCAAACCAACGAGUUUCAAACAACUUUGGAUCUAUGCGGAAAAGACGAUCUCAGUUUACCAAACCCAAGCUCACCAUUUCCAAACCAGACGACCUAUGUUAUGCUCUCUUGCCGACCUGAUUUUUACUCAAAAGAAUUAGAAGAAUUCACCAAGCAACAUUUGGCGAACUAGGGGGGGGGGGGGGGGGGGGGGUAUUGUUGGAGAUGGGCUUAGCACAUGCCACUAAGAGCUAAGCCCAAAAUCAGGCCCGUCCCGCUAAACAAAAAAUGGUGACUUUACUAGAAGAUAAAAUGUAUUUUACUAUAAAUAAAUGACAUCAGACUCAAUGAUGAGAUGGUCAGAGCUCGCCCUAGACGACUUAAGACCCAAAAAGACGACCUAAGACCAUAAAUAGAUAUACUUGUUUACACGACCUGUAUAGACGAGCGUCUCUAAUUCUUGUAAUUGACCGAGUUUGUUUACUUUUGAUUAUUAAUACGAAAAUCUCCACCCUUUUACAUCUUUUAUUUACAUUACACCACCGACCGGAUAUGGAACUUACAAUGCUUCAUAGUGCAUACUAAAAUCACUACAAGCUUGAGUAAGAUAUUAAGCAUAUGUUCUGAUCACUGUGUUACAAAAAAAUGGUUGGAACUUAGUAUUUUUUCCGCAUAGCUUCACUACAUUUCUAAGAGCAUCUCCAAAAGUAAACCUUCAAACUCAACUUCAAAACUAUUUAUAUUUUAUAAUAUGAUCUUCAUAUUUGUCAUAACUAAUUUGAAUUAGUAAAUAACUAGCACAUAUAUAAACAUAUUACAACAAUAUUAAUUAAAAAAAUAUUUUAUUAAAAUAUAAAAAUUUAAAUAAAAAUAACUUAAUUAAUAUUAAAUUUUAAACAAAAUAUCAUAUUAUUUCAUAAAAUGAUUUUCAUAAUGCAUAUAUGAUCUAUUAUGCAUUUCGAAGUAAAAAUGGCUCUCCUCAUUUUUACUUUGUAGAUUACGAGCUAAAAGGUGUUGAAAUCGGAUAAUAUUGAUACUUGUAAAUACAUUAGACCAAAACAAGAAAGUAAAAGAUAAACAUAAAAUAUUGCUAAAAAACUAAUUUCUUUUCGAUGAUAUUAAUACUCGUGAAUAUAUUUGUUAUGAACAAGAAAUAAUUGUACGAAAAAGACAUCAAAAACAACAACAACAACCAUCUUCAGUUACACAGAAAAAAUUGGACAAUAUUUGAAAAUUUUGAAGGUUCCGGAUCAAACUUACCUGACUAUUAGUGUUGUUGUAAAAUUUAAAUUUGUGUAAUAGUUAUGUCUUCAUGUAAUUUUUAAAAAUAUUUUUGUUAAGAUUUUUUUGUAUAUUAUUGUUGUCUAAAUCUAGCUUAAAAUAUUUUAAAUCUUAUUUUAAAGUUUAUUUAAUUUCAUGUGUAAAAUUUAAAAUCUGUAAACAAAAUUUAAUAUAUUUAUGAGAUAUAGUUUUUUUAAGGAUUAAAACAAUAAACGAGAAAAUAUUUAUGAAUCAUAAAGGUGUUGUGUGAUUGUAGGGACCAAAAUGCAGAUAAAAAUAUAAAACUUCAAAUUUGAAGUUUUGAGUAGUGAAACUUCAAAUAUAGAGUUUUAUUCUUCAAAAUUUCAAAUUCAAAGUUUUUUUUAGAAUAAAAAACUAUAUUUAAAGUUAUAGAGUGUCUUUUGGAGAUGCUCUAAGUUUAUCUAAACAUAAGGCUAGGCCUAUAAAAACUUUAAGAUAUGGCCCAAUAAUUGACUGAUCUUUUGAUAUAUUUUGCUCUUCGACUAGUCGUUUUUUUUCCUUCUAAUUUGAAUAUCAAAGAUUCAAGAAGAAUAAAUUUCGUUUUGUUUUUUCAAAAGUAUUUUCAAAAACACUUUCUAAUAGUAAAUACAUUGGCGAAGAAAAUCUUGCCCUCGCCCUUACAAGAACCUGCAGUAAUGUUAGAGUUAUCCAUGCUCACCAAAAUGCCACACAACCUCCUCCAUUUCUUCCAUCCCGACAUGUGUUGUUCGAUAUUGAUCUAUAAAUCCUUCCCAAAACAACAAAUUCAAUAGCUUUAUAAGUUGUUGAUUUCUUAGAAAGAUAAAUUUUGUACCAAAUCUACCAGUCUUACUCCAAGUAGUUUUAGUAAUGAUUUAAAAUACACUAAUGGGCCACCACCAGAAACACAUUAAAAUCUUUACAAAGAAUAUAUAACUAAUAAAAACUUCGAAAGUAAAUUAUUUAAUAAAUAAGUAUUUUGUGGCAAGGAAUGAAGGGAUACAAUUUUAUUUCCAAAUUUGAUAAAAUCCUACAAGAUCUAUAAAUAAAUAUACUUCUUCCAAUCAAAUUAGCUAAAUAGUUUUUUUAUAAAAUUAUAUAAGGGAAAAGAGUCUCUUGGUGUAAAUUCUCAUCUUCUCUUCAGUCUUCUCAUGUUAUUUUCAUGGUUGGUCUUACAGAAAUUUUACCGUUUUUUCAUAUUUAAUAAUUUUAUUCGUAGCGAAGCUUAAUUUGUCAUGUAGCAAUCAUGAUUUGUAGAUAAUCACAUUUCUCAUGCCUUAGUCUUGUCUCUUAAAACCCGCGUCUAUAUGAAUAUAACACCCAUAUAUUUGUCUAUGUGUAUAUAUAAUUACACCAAAGCAACACACGAUCUCUACAAGAUUAGCGGAUCGAUAACAUUCAGAUCUGAAAAACUAAGGCUAAAACUAAAACUUGUGGAUCGAUUUUGCAUAAUCAGUCAUCUCUAGAAAAUGGAGAACGAAUUUGAUUUAACACUGAGGUUAGGUUUGCCAAGUCCUACUGUUGAGACACAUCUGAGCUUAAACACUCUCACCACUGAUCAGGGGAACAACGUCGACGGUAACCGCCGAGACAACAACGACAACGGUGAUAUUCGUGGCCGCCGUCACAUUCUUAACAAUAAUGAAUCGACCAACGGCCACGAAGGUGGGAAAAAGAACGUCGACGUCAACACCAGAUUCUACAACUUAAUCGUCAACCACUUCGCCGGCGUCGGCAAGGCCUUGAACUUUGAACCUUUACCGAUGCAACCAUCUCCGGCUCCUGUGCCGGAGACUCCUAUGGGAAUUGACUAUGUGCUGAUUGAUGUCCCUGCUAAGAGAGCACAACGUAACUCUUUAGCGUUUAAAAAUGCUGUGGACGCUCACGAAACUCUAGGGCGGCGUUGGGGCUGCAGCGGCGCCUGUACAGCAGGAAGGAUUAACGAGAUGAGGAAGUGUACGAACAUGAACUGCAAGGCAAUUAACACUCCUAUGUGGCGAAAGGGUCCUCUUGGUCCCAAGAGUUUAUGCAAUGCUUGUGGGAUAAAGUUCAGGAAGGAGAAAGAGAAGAGAUGCAAUGGAACUGAUCAGUGAUUGUGAUUGUGGUUGUCUUUGUAUUUGAUUAAUACAUAAACAAAAGGAGAGAAACAGACUCAUUGUUAAUUAAGCAUUAUAUGUCUCUGAUUAAGCUUUUUGAGAGGAAAGCUAAACUAUGGAGAUUUAAGCAUAUUUAUUGAAAUGUCAUUCAUUUUGAAUAUGUUUUUUUUAACACUGGGUAAGUACAUUACAUUUUUCAGUAUGUUUUUUUUUGUCAUCAAAUACAGACUCAUAUUGACUCUGUGAACUACUCCGGUAGAUCUUGAUCCAUGUGAAUGACAAACAAUAAAAAAAUUUCAUAUAUGAAUUUGCAGCUUUUUAAUGAAAACAAUAAAAAAAUUUCAUAUACCUACAUUAUUAGAGUUUUAACAAAUUAUGCUAAAUAAAGGCAGUAACUCUUCAAAUAAAAUACCAUCUUGAUUUUUUUUUUAGGUUUCUUCGAUAUGUUUCUAUUCGUUGUUUCGAAAUCGAUCUGUGCUUCCGUUUUGGUAAUUUUAUGGUACGACUUUUAUUUUUGUUUUAUUAUUCUUUGUCGUCUAUCUUUACUAGUUAUCGGUUAGAUUUCUUUUGUGAUCAUAUAUCUCCGGAAAGAUUUCGAUCUUUAUUGGCUUCUAGUUCCGGAAAGAACGUGUUUAUAUGCUACUUGUUUUAAUAGAAUUUUUAGAUGAUAGAAAAUAUUCCCUUCGUUUCAAAAUACAUAUUUUAGAUUUUUCACACUUUUAGAUAAAACACAUUAAAUUUGAAUAAUUUUUUGUGAUUAUCUCUUUCCCAUAAUUUUAAGCUAAUAAAAAUCCAAUAAGUGUAAUUAGUUUUUUUUUUUAAGUUUACAAUUAAUUAAUAAAACAUGCACUGAAAAUGUAAAAAAUAGAUUUGUUUAAAAUAAUUUUUUUCUCCAGAAUAUAUAACUGUAUGAAAAGGAGGGAGUACUAUUAGUUAUUCAAAAAUACAAAAGCAUAUUCAAUCAUAGAGAAAUACUAUAUAUCAAUAAUUUUAAAUGAAUGUUAUAUUUUUUUUUU